GUCGGAGUCCGGGCACGUUGCGGGCAACCAUGAGCUGCGGACGGCUGAGCUCCCUGGCGUUGCUGGGCUGCCUCCUGCUCGCCAGCUCCUGCGGCAGAGGAGAUGCAGAAACAAAUGUAGAAGUUUCCGUGCCAGAUGUGGUAGAAGCUGAAAUUGGGGAAACAGCUGUAAUCAACUGCGAGUUCUCCCUCCCAGAGAACAGCAGCCUCGCUUACAUCAACUGGUUCUCUGGGGAAAACAUUGCACGGAAGAGAAUCAUCUCCUUGCUCCAAGACAAAGAAGACUGGGAAGACGACCAGUACAGAGAUCGUCUGAACAUCGCCAAGAAUUUCUCCCUCGUCAUCAAGAAGGUCACUCCACAAGAUGCCAAGUUCUACAUCUGCCAAGUGGGACUUGGCAGUGUCGGCGUUGGUGAGAACCGGACCAAGCUGCAGGUCUCAAAAGCCCCGGAACCCCCUGAGAUUCAGCUGGCAAAAGAUGGAUUCCGAGCCGCUGAGCCCACCCUUCAAGAGAUAGCAACUUGUACCGCCCGCAACAGCUUUCCAGCUCCAAGCAUCGUAUGGUACAAGAACAGGGAAGCCCUGCGCCCCAAAGAUGAAGAAACAGCGAUCCAUGCCACAGUCAUCACGGAAUCCAGUGGGCUGAUCACCAUCCGCAGCAUGCUUUCGGCCCGAGUCGCCAAAGAGGAUCGCGAGGCCCAGUUUCAUUGCCAAGUCAACUAUACCCUGAUGGGGACAAACAAGACCGCCGUGUCAGAGAGCUUCCGCAUCAACGUUUUGUAUGCCACCCAAAACCUCAGUUUUACGCUGGACCAAUUGAACCAGGAGUUGAAGGAAGGAGACAACGUGACCUUAAUCUGCGAAGGCGAUGGGAAUCCACCUCCUGCAUACACUUUUUUCAAGAAUGAGGACACCCAGUACUCGCCCCCAGAUGGGAAGCUGUUCUUUCCCAGCGUCAUGAGAAACGACAGUGGUGUCUAUUCGUGCAAAGCCCUGGAUUUGCACACCCUCGCUGAACUAAGCGCUUCGGUGGAUCUGAUGGUAAACUACCUCGACGUGCCCACCAUCUUCUCAGUUGGACCCCAGGAACCAAUGGAAGGAGAAGACCUGGUCCUGACCUGCUCCACCACAGGAUCGGGACCCUUGAAAUACCAAUGGAAGAAGAAAGGGAAGCACAUCGGAGACGGUGCGGUUCUGAACUUGACUUCCAUCACCUAUGAGAAAAUGGGCAAUUACACCUGCGUGGUGACAAUGCCUGACUUCCCAGGUUGGGUGCGUUCCCGGCACGUUAUUAUUGCUGUUCGAGCAAAGCCACAGAAGGUGCCCGUGGAGCAGAACCUGAGCGUCCAGGAAGGGGAGGUGGUGGAUUUGACCUGCACCUUCUACUCGGUGCCUCGGAUGAACAUCUCCUGGAGUACAAGCAACGGCACGGUACAUACGUCCAGACGGAAAUACUACUACAACAGCACUCUCUCCGUGCUGGUCACCAAGGAAAUCCUUACAUCGGGUCUCAACUGCACUGGUGAAAAUGAGUUGGGGUCAGAGAAUCAACACUUCCCACUCUGGCUGAAAACCAAAGUCCGUUCCGAAAAACCGGAGACCAGAGCGCAGGAGAGCAAAGGAGUGAUCAUUGUAGCCGUCAUCGUCUUCCUGCUGGUCUUCGCCGUCCUGGGGGCCGUCCUUUACUUCCUGCACAAGAAAGGCAAGCUGGCUUGCGGGCGCUCCGGCAAACAAGAAAUCACGAGGCCCGAAGCACAUAAAGACGAGAUUGUAGUUGAAGUAAAAUCAGAUAAACUUCCUGAAGAGGCAGGCCUUCUGCAGGGUGCCAACGGUGAGAAGAGAUCGCCAGGUGACCAGGGUGCAAACGCAGGUUUGACGUUAGAGCAGGAAACAGGUUAAAGUCCGUCCCGCAGACGUGCCUCGCUUCAGCAUCUCCCUGGACUGCAGCUUCACUGUUUCUUUUGAACCCAGAGCCGGCUUGGCCCCUUCUCUCCUCUCCUUGGCCAGUGAAGGAAGAGCGGGUCGUUUUUUCAAGAGUCCCCCAAAAUAUCCAGCAUGUGUUGUUGUUGUUGAUUUUUGGCCCUGCCUUGAAGCUUCUCACUCGCUUCCGUUCACACAACUGCCUCCCUUGUGCUAGCCACCUAAGAAAUGGGUCAAUUGGGAUUUUUCUUUAAAAAAAAUUAAAAAGGCAUGCUUUUUUCUGGAUCCUAACGCAAGAUCUUCCUCUCUUGGCUCUCAAAAGGGAGAGAAAUACAUCGAUCUGAGGAACUGAAGAGAGAGAACCGGCCGUUUUCUUCGAAUUUUUCUCCUGCCCCUCCCUCUUAAAACAGUCCACCCCCAUACUCCAUCAUUCAAACACGCAAGUAACCAACAUCGCACGGAAAGAAAGCAGUAUGGGACACUUUGCAGUCUUGCCUUCUUCUGUCUUUUCAAAGGGGUUAUGAUUUUUCAAAGAGGACGACAAGGAAAGGUGAUUUGAGGCACUGUAAUUUCACAUUUGUGUUAAGAGGAAGGUGGGCAGGCAGAUCCGUGCUGUUCUGUGUAUGUUGUUGUAUGUGUUUGCAUUCCGGGUUUUACAAAAGAAGGGAACAAAAAGGUUUAAGUUGGCACAAUUGAAUACUGGCCAAGCCAGUCAGUUCAGAAUGAAAACUUACUAUGCUGUUCUUUUUAACGCCCAAUUUGUAAGUCUGAAGCACAGGAUAAUGUGUUAAGAAGCUUGGUUCCCAGUUAGGGAUGUAAAUUGAAAUGUUCGUUUAAAAAGCAUGUCCAAGAUGGAGAAUGGUUGAAGUUGAACCGAAGACGUCGCGUCUCAAAAGUGAAAAAGGAAGAAGCACAUUUGAAGUUUUUGUUUUAAGGACACUCGCUGGGGAAUUUGUUCGGUGAAUAUGUGAAAUGUUCUUUCCAUGGCUCUUACUUAGGAUAGGAACGAGGCAAUGCUUUUCAAACUUGGCAACUUUUAAGAACUCUGAAAGUGGAAGCCCGCACGUCCUAAAGUCGCCAAGUUUGAAAAAUGCCGGAAUACGGAAAUUAUUUUUUUUUUUUUGUACAAACUGUACAGUGACAUACUCAUAUCAGAAAUCUCCAGCUAGUCCCCUCUUCCCUCCAGCCGCAACAAAAUCCAUGUUCAAGUCCGCAGUUCCUGCCAUACUUUUUGCUAAGGCAGCUGGGCGGUGCCCACUUCUCCCUCGGCUCCAACGAGAGAAAAAUGGGAAUUGGAGAUGCCAUUCUUGGGUUUCUGUCCAGCUGAGCCCCUUGGAGGAAGAUAAAUAGGCAGCUCCCACGGCCAGAGACCGAAUACCGAAGAUGUGUUUAGAU